AUGGCGCCGAUUUCCUCCUCUCCUCUCCUCUGCUCUGCUCUGCUCUACUCUGCUCCAACCUUCCCUCUCCUUUUGGUGCACGCGGUAGUUGCUGGAAUCUCUGAGCCUGCAAGACCCCGGAUAUUGCUGCUACUAGCACUUGGACUACCAGUUUCUAGUACAAGCAUGUACCAGGAUUUACUGUCCUACCACCCACGGAACGCUGAGCUGGCCUGGCUUAGCUCCGUCAUCCACUUUCUCUCAUCCACUCGUCUGUGGUCUCCGGGCUAUAAUAAGCCAUUGAUGGCAGCCAUCUCGCUGCACCCCUGUCCCCGGCACGCACAUCGCAACCGUCACCAACACCCCUGUGCAGAUACAUUUCGCGGCGGCGUGAAGGGGAACAAGCAACACACUUGGCGGCGCCACCAGCUCCAAGGCCAACCACCUAUGAUGCCGCCGCCCGCCCCUUUUGUCGCCUGUGACCAGUGCCACGUAGGCUGA